UGUAGCUAAAAAAACACUGUGGCGAGCUCCAUUUACAGCGAACAAUUUCAAUAAAGAAAAUAUGUCUAUUUUAAACAAAAAUUCAAUUACUUGAGAUAAUCAAAACAGGUUACAUAGUUUUACAGGCACAAAAAGUAUCAGAAUAAGUGUAGCAAAAGUGAAAAAAUGCUUUAUCUAAAGCGAAAAUUGAUAAGAAAAAAACAAACAUUUCAUUGAUGGUGAAUUUUCCAAAUAGAAAGUAAUAUUGUUUGUACGAGUCCGCGCGCAGCAGUGAAUUUUACUAGUCUUGUACAUGUUAUUUUUUAAUUAAAAGAAAAUCUGACUGAAUUUCCGAGAUAAAAAGCAAGAAGUGACGAUAAGAAUCAGUGCUGCUAAAAUGACGAGUUUUAUCGAAUCGCACAAUGCGAUGUGUGAGCAGAUUGUUUCGACGAAGCAGAUUUCCUAAAGCUCACCAUUCAUAACAAAUGGAUGUUAUUAGUGUAAUAAAAUGUCCCAUUGCUAGAGAUCUUUACAAAACCAAACUCACUUGAGAUAGCUAACCGAUGUGUGUAUGAAUUUUGGCAACCAAAAAAUAAGACGUUAAGAAAAUUUAUGAUACGCAUUUGAGCACACACUCGAGCUCGCAUCAUAUAUCAUACCGAGCUAGAAGCCAUCAACAAAAUAGUGAGCAAUAUACCAUACUUUUGUGGAAGUCUGCGGGAUUUUUGAAUUACAUAUUUUAUACAUAAUAAAAUAAUAGCAGUAUAUUAUAGGCGAAAUUGCGACCUACAACCCUUAUAUACACCAACACACACUCUUUGCAUAGAUACAAAUAAAAACAGUCAAUACAAUUAAAUAUACAGUAGCUGCGACCCUUUAUAAAAAAAAACAAAAUGAAAAUCGACAUAAGCACUAGACAAUUACGAAUUAUAUUUAUUGUGAUUAAUUAUGGAAUUUGUCAAAGCUUCUCAGAGGCAUAUAUAUCAGUCACUGAUAUGGAAUCUACAGUGGCACCCAAAUUCGUGUCACGAGGACAUUUAUACAAAGCCAUUAUUGGUGAUACGAUCAUAUUACCGUGCAAAGUGCAGGAUUUAGGUUCCUAUAUUCUACUUUGGAGACGAGGUAGUUCCGUAUUGACGGCUGCCACAUUGAUGAUAACUCGGGAUCCUCGUUUAAAACUAGUUGACGGCUACAAUUUACAAAUCUCAGAUGUCAAAAUACAAGAUGCAGGCGAUUAUGUUUGUCAGAUAGGUGACCAGGAGAGUAAAGAUCAGGUGCAUACGCUCGAAAUAUUAGUUCCUCCAACAUUGCGUGCCGUGCCUGAAACCGGUCAAGUUACUGCUAGAAAAGGAUCCACAGUAACGCUAGAAUGUAAAGCAUCUGGAAAUCCUGUACCAACAAUUUAUUGGCAUAAGAAGGAUUCGUUUCCAACCACAUCGCAUCUAUCAGAAAGCUCAACAUUAGUACUAGAACGGGUAGAACGCCAUCACGCUGGUGUUUAUAGGUGUUCGGCUGACAAUGGUGUCCGGGAUCCUAUAUAUACUGACAUUGAGUUAACAGUAUUAUCUCCGCCCGAUAUCACAGUUGAAAAAAAUUGGGUCCAUGCCGCCGAAGGAUGUGACAUUAAUUUAGUUUGUAUCGUUCAUGGCGAUGUCAACUCUGAGAUGUUGUGGUAUCAAAACUCGUUCUUAUUGGAUGCGACAGACAGACGAUCGAUGCAUUCAAAGGACGACCGGUAUAUUCUGAGCAUUAAAAAUUUUCAAUCAUCUGAUUUCGGAAACUACAGUUGUGUAGCAGACAACGCUCUCGGACGCACAAAAAAAUAUAUUGAAGUAUCGGGACGACCAGGACCUGCAGAGUUUAUUUCGCCCGCGUACAGCAAUACGCUCGACCGUUACAACUUGACUUGGACAAUUGAAUCGAUUCCACCGCUAGACGAAAUUAAAUUGCUCUACAGAAAGCUAAUGAUGAAUGACACAUAUCAGCAUCCUGGGAAAUGGCAUGAUAUCAUAUUGGUACCGUCUCUCAUACGGUUGGAUCAAACACAUUUUGUCAUGUCAUACUUAAUUCGCAAGCUUGACCAUAAUUCAGUGUAUGAGGCCAUGGUGCAGGCACGGAAUAUGUACGGAUGGAACGAGAUCAGUGAUAUUCAUCAAUUUUAUACACGGGGCUACGAAUACAAUUUGGACGACCUUGAAUACGUAAUGAGUUCUAUCUCAAGUGGAAAUCAAACUGCUAUUACUAUCAACGCAUGUUUUAAAAAUCUAGUUUUAGUGUACUUACUACUUAAAUCAUAUUGUCUCUUAGGAAUAAAUUUAAACCAUUUUUAGAUGUCAAUGUUCUGCAGGCAAACGGAAAAGUAAUAUGUAAUAAAAAUUCAAUGAAAAAAUUAAAUAAAAAAUAUGAAAAUGUACUUACCCUAAGAAAAAAAUUACAGAAAUACACUUCAUAAUUGAUUAUUAAAGACUUAAUAGACAUAUGAUGAUUGUAACAGUAUGAA